AAGCGUGAAUAUGACGAAGUUCCCGGCGCCCUCAGACGACCUGCCGCCGUGCCCCUGAGCGCCUCCUCGGCGUCUCCUCGGCGCCGCAAUUCGCUUCUCCCGAACGGCGGAAAAGAACGGAGGCGCAUGCAGACGCAAAAAAACAAAAGACGAGGAAUCUUCCCACGAGGCUCGCGAAACGCUUCGCAUGCUUACGGCGUCCAACGCGAACUCCCGUCCGGGCCACGACGCGCCCUCGCAGCAGCUGAGAGCAGCAAACAAAACAGGAGAAAAGAACAGAGCGACGAAGGGAGCGAAGAACAAAGCGAAGAAAAGAGCGAUGGAGAUUAUGAAGAAGAGAGCGGCGCAGGGGAAGAAGAGAGAGGAGACGAGCGAGAUGAAGAGAGAGAAGAUGAAGGAGAAGAUGCAGAGGGAGAAGAGGAAGAGGGAGAUGGAGACGACGGAAAGGAAGCUGCAGAAGAAGAGGGAGGAGAGGAUGGAUCGGAUUGUGGCGACGACUCUUUGUUUUCGUCGUCUGCAUUUUCACAAAUGGAGGGUGUUCUUCACACCCGUUUAGUUAGGACGCUCAACCACCACGGCUUCCGUCGGUUAACCGCGAUUCAACAUCUCGCAAUUCCAACGGUCCUCCAUGGCCACGACACCCUCGUUCAGUGCUUCACAGGCUCGGGGAAGACUCUCUGUUUCGUCGUGCCCCUGUUGCAGCAGCUUCUCUUGGAGCACGAAAGGACGGGGAAGAGUCUGAAGCGCAGCGACGGCACACGCGGCCUUCUUCUGAUGCCAACUCGCGAGCUCGCCGUUCAGGCGUGCACGCAAAUCAGCCGUCUGGCCCAGCUGUUUCCCUGGAUCGUCGUAGCCGCCGUCACAGGUGGCGAGAAGAAGCAGUCCGAGAAGCGGCGCCUGCGGGCGGGGGUGACCAUCCUUCUCUGCACGCCUGGGCGUGUGCUGGAUCACCUGGCAACGACAUCCUGCUUCGAAGUGUCCGCGCUUCAUCUCUUGGUGCUUGACGAGGCGGAUCGGCUCCUCGAUUUGGGGUUCGAGGCGAAGCUGAAGAAAAUCGUGACCAUGCUCGCAGAGAAGAAGGCAGAGCAGUUGGAGAUGAAGGCGCUUCGCCAGCAGAUUCUGGAGGAACAAGGCCGAGACGCCAGAGACGCUGAAGCGCGCGAAGGAAGCGACAACGAGAGCGAAGCGUCGGACGAGGAUUCCGACGCGCCGGCCGCGCCUGCAGGCAAGAAGACCCGCGUGGACACCACUAAACGGAACCCCGGUUUCUCCGAUUCCGCUGACGCCACUUCGUCGGAAGCCGCUGCCGCCGCUCUGUCUGGGCGCGACGGUUUUCAGGUGAUCAUGGCCUCGGCAACUCUCACGCCUCAGGUCGAGCGUCUCGCAGCCUUCUGCCUGCGGCAAGAACCGCAGUGGGUCUCAUUGGAUCGCUACCACACACCGCUCCUGGCGCACCUCGCAGCGACAAACACUGAAGUUCCACCGCUGUCGCGGGGCUCUCCCCGAAAAGCGGCGGAAUCCCCUCAAAGACGUGGCCUCGCCGUGUCGUCGACUGAGAGGAGUUUCCGUUUCCCGUGUUGCUGCGCGCUCUCUCCCGCGGCGCCUGACUCUUCCUCAGCUCGCGCUCAAGGCGACGAGGCGGCCGGCGAAGAACCGCGGUUCCACGUCCCGUCACAGCUUCGGCAGUACUAUCUCCAGCUGUCUUCGCCGCGUAUGCGACUCCUCCCGCUCCUUGCACUUCUUCUCCAAGUCGCAAAGACCGGCAACGGGAAAGCCAUCGUCUUCGUCUCGUGCUGCGACGCCGUCGAACACUUCCACACCCUCCUGCAGCGACUCAGGUGGCCUGGGCCGAUCCUCGAUCGGGAGCAGAGACAGAGACAGAAAGAGCGACUGGCGUUCUUGCGACGCAUCCAGGGAGGGGCGGCGCGCCAGGCGCUCAGGCGCGCAGCUCGCGGGCUGGAGGAGAAGAAGAAACGCAGAAAGCGCGAGUUGAGUGGCGAGGAAGACGCUCCGACGGAGAGCGAAAGCGAAUCCGACGAGGAAGACGAAGACGAGGACGAGGCGGGAGACGAGUUGCUAGGCGACCACGUGCUCAGCGGUGUUUCGCUCUUCAAGCUCCACGGGCAAAUGGGAAGGGACGACAGACUGGGCUAUCUGAAGGAAUUCAGCGAAGCUCCUGGCGCCGCUGUUCUCUUUGCCACUGACGUGGCGGCGCGUGGACUUAAUCUCCCCUACGUCACCUGGAUCGCCCAGUUCGACCUCCCACAGCAGGUCGAGGAGUAUGUACACCGGAUUGGGCGCACCGCGAGGCUCGGGAAAGAAGGCAACGCUUUGAUCUUUCUUCUCGACUGCGAGAGCGGUUAUGCGGAGUAUCUGCAGCAGCGCGGCUUCUCCUCUCUCCAGGAGAUGGACGAGUCGCGGAUGCUGGAGACCCUCUUUGCGUCGCACAUGCCCGAAUAUCUGCGUCACCUCGAAAAUCCAACAUCCUUCUUAGUCAAGCAGUUUGCGGCCUUUGUGGCUGAACGGCCUUCUCUCCUUCAAACAGCGCGCAGAGCCUUCCUAGGCACCCUCAGAGCCCUGCGUUGUCUGGGAAAGGAGGCUAGGGCAGUUUGUUCCCACGCGUCGCUUCACACCGGCCAUUUGGCAACUUCGUUUGGGUUGAACGAGACGCCGCGCGAGGCCGCAAUGCGUCUCAAGACGGGCGAGUCUCCUCGCCCUGUCCCCAGCGGGAAAGGCGCUGCGGGCGGCUUCGGAUCUCGACCGGGGCAGAAGGGGCUGCCUGGCACUGCCGGGCGAUCUUCUCGGCCCGCGCCAAAAGACAGGAAAGCGAGGAAACAGGUGCCGCAGUUUGGCGCCAGCAGCUCUUUGGCAGGCGGCCGGAGAGACAAGGAAGGGCGCGGCGGACGCGCUGAGGACCGCGCGGAGAUCGAGGUGGUUCCCGGGACUCAUGUGGGGAGUUCGGGGCCCAAGAAAGCAGAGAAGAGAGACAGUUUGUCGACGCCAAAGGCCAGCGACCCCGAUGCCGCGAGGGCGGCUGAACGGCUCCGCGUGAAGGGCGACCUUCUGCGCUUCGCGGGGAAAAGCGGGAAGCGGGAAAAGGCCAGCUUCGCGUCUUCCUCUGGGGCACGGAAGCGGCCGAGGCCAGACGCCGCGGGUGAAGGCGCGAAAGCGAGGAAGAAAGGCCGAAGAGAAGAGCUGGCAAACGGGAGAAAAGCCGGUUUCUCAAAACCUUUCUCAAACAAGAAGGGUGAGGCACAGCGAGGCACAGGCAACAAGGCAGGGGGAGGCGUGUCGCACGCGAGAAGAAUCCGAAACUUGUCACAGAGCGAGUUUGCAGCUUAG